AUGCCUCCUUUGCAGUCUGACUGGAGCUCCUCUGGACUGAAGGGCCUCAUUCCCUCCUUGCUGCACCACACUCUGCUGGGGUACAACUUACUCAUUCCCGACGCAGUAGGUGGUUCUCUAUCUGGGGACCUGGUGACUGACGAGGAACUGUUCAUCAGGUGGCUGCAGAUUGUAGCCUUCCUCCCCGUCAUCAGCUUUGAGACACCUCCCUGGGUCUGUGGGGAGGACCGGGUGCUGAACUUGACACGGGCUCUCAUCGCGUGGCACCAGGACUUUGUGGUUCCACUGGUGACGAGGUAUGCAGAGGACUGGAUGACCUCGGGGAGCCCAAUUUACCGGCCCCUGUGGUGGCUCAGCCCUGAUGACCCCGCGACCUUCACCAUUGAUGACCAGUUCCUCAUCGGAGACGAGGUCCUUGUUGCCCCGGUAAUAGAGAGGGGGACAGUACGGAGAAAUAUUUACCUGCCCGACGGGGGCUUUCAGUGGCAGGACAGCCGCAACGCCCAGGUUUUCGACGGGGGAACUCUCUUGGAGGACUACCCUGUCGCCCUCGAGGAGGUUGCCAUUUUCUUACGGAGGAGAUCUUGAGGCUCAAGUCACGUGAUUUAUACGUGACCUAUCCGGAUACUAGUUUCGAAUCUUUUAUUUUAUGUUUUACUCGUGCUGUUCUCAAGUUGCACUUUUCCACAAAGACAAUUGACAGAGGCUCAAGACUUCUUCUUGAGAUUAGAUGUGAAUAUUUUUAUACUUGCACUUUACAAUUCAGAACGAUUUGUAUUUUAUUGCCGUCGUUUUCUUCUCUCUUCUUCCUUUUUUAAACUUUAAUCUGCUGUACCUCUCGGCUGAUUGUUUCAGGACUUCUUUUUUGUUUCUUCUAAUCAUUGCUGUUCUUGUUUUUUUUGUAUCUAAGAAAGAAACCUAUGUGUUUACAUAUGAUUCAUUUCUAACGUUUAACUGCUGCCGGUUCUCAUGGAGACAUAGAGUACCAACGCAAGCCCCUCGUUCGCUUAAAAAGAAGACCAAACGAAGGAAAAGAAACAGAAGAAUAUGGUUUCUGCUAACGGAGAGCCUGGAAGGAAUGAAUGAGAUGCUUGCUUAAUAUGAGAGAGGCUGAAGCAGCUUGGUAUGUCUCUUUCAUUCUUUGGAACAGCUUUUACUUGACCUAGGCUUAGAGCUGAUGUAUGAUGAAUGUACCUCAACUUCAGUUUUUUCAUUGCUUUACUACGCUAACAAUCAACACUUACACACUUCAAGACUUCGAGACACCCCUUUCCUUUAAAGCACUUAUUCUUUCAACUCAUGCUCAAACAAUAUGCAGAAUAUAAUGCUAAUAUUCUUUAUUUUACUUUACAACCUUAACAUACACUACUUGACCAAAAGUAUGUGGACACCUGCAGGUCAAACAUCUCAUUCCAAAAUCAUGGGCAUUAAUAUGGAGUUGGUCCC